GCCCCCUCGUCUCUCUGCAUCCUUCAACCUGCAGACUGGAGUCAGACAUCCUUUGCUAAGGGCCAGGGUUCCAGCCAGGACAGAAGGGCAGAAGACAGGGGGACAUAUUAGGAUUAUUCACAGAUAGUGGAGUGGAGAAAGUCAGCAUGGCUGGGCUCCAAUCUCUUGGGCUCCUCUUUGUAUUCCAUCUCUUAGUGGCAACCCAAGGGCAGAGAGCUGGGCCACCAGGACCCCCAGGACCACAGGGACCCCCAGGAAUUCCAGGCAAAGAUGGCAUUGAUGGAGAGAUAGGUCCAGCUGGCAUACCUGGUACUCCGGGUCCCAAAGGAGCCCCAGGAAAACCAGGAGACCCUGGAAAGCCAGGAUUAUCUGGACUUCCAGGAAUUGAUGGGUUGACCGGACCUGAUGGAAAGUCUGGCCCUGAUGGACCCCCAGGAGAAAGGGGAGAUAUUGGACCACCUGGGCCAGAUGGACCUGCAGGUAGAGGACCUCCAGGGCCUCCAGGUUUUGCUGGACCAAGUGGAUUACCAGGAGGCGCAGGGCCACAGGGGCCAGUGGGACCCUCUGGUCAACCAGGACUUUCUGGCCCCCCUGGGCCCCCAGGCCCCCCUGGUCUCCCUGGAGUGGUUCCCAAUGGCAAUGGUGACCUGCAGUGCCCCGCAGUUUGCCCUCCUGGUCCCCCUGGACCUCCUGGGAUGCCAGGAUUCAAGGGUCACACAGGACACAAAGGAGAGCGAGGGGAAGUUGGGAAGGAUGGGCAAAAGGGUGAUGCUGGACCUCCAGGACCACCAGGACCCCCUGGAAGCGUGGGCUUACAGGGUCCAAGAGGUUUGAGAGGCUUAAUUGGACCUCAGGGACCAGCAGGUGACAGGGGAGACAAUGGAUUCCGGGGACCACCAGGACCUCCUGGACCUCCUGGGAAAGUGGGGGAUCAAGGUAUAAGAGGACAUCAGGGAUACCAAGGGCCAAAAGGUGAUACGGGCAAAGCUGGUCCAAAGGGAUUAUCUGGAGGAGCUGGUCCUAUAGGGGAACCUGGUAUGCCUGGUCAAGAUGGGCGAGAUGGAAACCCAGGACUGGAUGGUGAGAAGGGAGAUGCUGGCAGAAUCGGUGUUCCAGGAGAGAAAGGACCUAAUGGCCUUCCAGGACUUCCUGGUAAGGCUGGACUUAAAGGAGAAAAAGGUCAACUGGGUAGCCCAGGAGAGCUGGGUGAAGCUGGACCCUCUGGAGAGCCAGGUAUCCCCGGUGAAGCUGGACCUCCUGGAGAGAGAGGGGAGGCAGGACCCAGAGGAGGUGCUGGUGGUGUUGGUGCACAAGGACCAAUAGGAGUUCCAGGAGUUCGAGGUUUUCAGGGGGUAAAAGGAAGCAUUGGAGAUCCUGGUUUACCAGGCCCAACUGGUAUCCGUGGUGGAUUUGGAGAACGGGGUCCCUUAGGAGCUGCUGGUCCCAAAGGCAAUCAGGGACUUGCUGGAUCUGAUGGACUUGCAGGAGAUAAAGGCGAGAUGGGACAUUUUGGCCCAGUGGGACAAAAGGGAGAGCCAGGUGUUAGAGGUGAACCAGGUCCUAAAGGAGUAGUUGGUCCAAAUGGUACAUCUGGUGUUCCAGGAGUUCCUGGCCCACCAGGACCAAUGGGAUUCCAGGGUGAACAGGGAGUUCCUGGCAUCACUGGCAAGACUGGUGUUCCUGGAAAGCUGGCAAGUGAACAGCACAUCAGAGAGCUGUGUGGUGGCCUGAUAAACGAUCAAAUUGCACAACUUGCUGCUAACCUUAGAAGACCCCUAGCUCCCGGGUUGGUUGGCCGUCCAGGACCUGCUGGACAACCUGGAGCUCAAGGUGCGCCUGGACGAGUAGGGCAUCCUGGUUCUCGUGGUCCUCCAGGAUAUAGAGGCCCAACAGGAGACCUUGGAAGUCCUGGUCCUAGAGGUGAUCAAGGUAACAGAGGAGACAAAGGAUCAAAUGGAAGAGGUAUUGAUGGACCAACUGGUGACCAAGGAGAGCAAGGACCACAAGGAGUGUCGGGAACAAGUAGGGAUGGACGGGAUGGUGCAAUUGGAGAGCCUGGUUUCCCUGGUGAGUCUGGAAGAUCAGGUACCAUAGGUGCUCAGGGUACCCCUGGAAUAUGUGAUACGUCAGCCUGCCAAGGAGCUGUCUCAGGAGGAAAAUCCAGCAAAAAGUCUUAAAUAACUUUAGAAAGAGAAAGAACUGAGUAUUUAAUGCACCCAAUGGUUGUAUGACAGCAGACAAGUCCCUCAGAAAAAUAAACAUGGAGGUGACUUUCAUCAGAAAAUCUGAAGAACAGAGACUAACAGCAAGAAAAAAACAAAGAACAUAAACAGGACAAUCUAUAAGUAAAAGUAUCGGAAAAUAUUAUUUUCUUACAUUUGUAUCAUUUUCCCUGACUUCCUCCAUUUAUCUCUUUUGGAAAAUUUCACUCACUUUGGGGUAUCUCCAAGUGUUUUGUUUUCUUGGGAUGGUGCUAGCCCUUAUUCUAGUCUUUACAUUUUUAAAUUGUUCCCCAAAAUGCUAAAAUAUAUUUGGGUCUCUUACAGUGUAACCUUUGUCCGACAUAAGUGUAAAUAGAAUUUUCAUGAAAGAGUAUUUGUAUAUUUUCAACUUUUAAUACCUUGAACUCACACCCAAAGCAUUCGGUUGUUUGCACACUUUUUGUUAAAGAAAAUUCAAUUUGUACUUUGCAUCCUGAAAUAAAACAAAGACUUUCUAUAAUAUAUAUAUCUAGAAAUACUGUGAGUGCUGUAAAAAUAAACAGACCUUUUUUUUUAAAACCUGCUACAAACAUGUCAUGUUUUCAGCACAAACCAAUAAUUUCCUUUGAACAAAUAAAUGGCUGCAAACUUGUGAAUAUCCGUGAUUUAAAAUUAGUAUUUAUUUUGUUGUUAUGUACAAUAAAACUUGUUGCACCAUCUGUUGUAAUAAGUGAAUAAAGCCACUUUCAGUACACAGAAAAUAAAAUUGUUUAAGACAUUUGCAAUUUAUUAACAACUGAGAACAUUUCAAGUUAAUAGAAAAAUGUAUUGUGUACUUGUACAACACAUUCUUUCGCAUUCAGUAUGCUUUAAUAAUAGUACUGAAUUAUAACUUUUCACGUAUUCAUUUUAUUUAAAAAAAAUAAAUACCAAUUGAUUCCUGCAAACAGCAAAAGCCCCACAUAUCUUGCAAUUCCCAUUUAUACAAAUAGAUAAAUUAAUUAUUAUUUUACAGUGAAACGUUUUAAUUCCAAUAUACAUGCAUUCUUAUUGACUACAAUUUAAUAUUUUAAAAAAUAAAUAUAAAUUCAAAUUAAAAACAGUAUACAACAAAUAUCAUGGCCUUAUAUAUAUAUACACACUAUAUAUACACAUACAUGCAGACACAUAAAUGUGCAUAGUGCUAUAAGGCAUUUAAUCUUCUUUUUGUCUUAAAAAUAAAAAACUGAUAGAUAAAAACCACUAAAUCUGGAGCAUUAAAUAAAAUCCCCAGGGCAAAAGCAGUAGCAAACACAUUGUAGAUAAUACCACAUCUUUAUUUUAACUGCUAAAUAAAUUGAUUGUGUUGAAACCAACAGGGAGAUGGACAGUUUAUCUUUCAGUAGCCGUUACUGCUUUUUCAAGUCAAAACAAAACUUGCAUAAUUCGGACAGAGCAUGUAAUUAAAAAAAACUUUUAAAUUAACUUCUAUUUUCAAAUGUGCUUCAUUCACUUGGUGUCCCUUGUUUAAAAAGAAUACACACAUAUCCUACACUAGAGGGAGCUAGUUGCUGAUUGGUGCCCGCACACAUUUGUCUCUUGUAAUUGGCUAACUAAAUGUGUUCAGCUAGCUGCCAGUAGUGCACUGCUGUUCCUUCAGCAAAAAAUAACAAGAGAAUGAAGCAAAUUUGAUAAUAGAAGUAAAUUGGAAAGUUGCUUAAAAUUGUAUGUUCUAUCUAGAUCAUGAAAUAAAAUGUUGGUGUUUCCUUUCACUUUAAGGUUAAUACACAUAGCAUUGAUACUUCAUAGCACUUUUAAAUAUAUACUCUAAAUUUAUGUUUUAUUUAUCUGUAUAUACAUUCAUAUUUACAUCCUUUUUUAGUUUAGAUAUAAUAAUCUAGGGAGCUAUCCCUAUAUGUUUUUAUGUUAGUAUUGAUUUAAUUAAGAUUCCAGUCCGAAGGGUGCUUUUUCGUUGGCAUAACUCCCUUUAUGAAGACUUUAGAUUUAUAAACUUUUUUUUUUGGUGGAUGCCAAAAUUAUUAAAUGCACCUCUUGCAUUUAUGUAUGUAUAUAUAUAUAUAUACACACACACACACACGGAAAAUGCAAGUACUUUCAAACCAUUAGAAUAUAAAUUUUAAUUGGUGUCAGGCUUAACAAAUUGUUGUAGAAAAAUACAAAAAUGAAGCCUGAAAAUGUUUGUUGUCCAAAUGAUAAAUGUCUCUUUUUAUCAAGAUUGAAAUUACCCUCUGUUUAACAGGUUGGUAAUGUAAACAAAGUCUCAGUUAACACAGAUAUGGCAGUCAGUAAGAGAUAUUUGUUACUUCAUUUCCAUUCAGAACUCUCCAGAGCGAAAUCUUUUCUUAACAUUUCUGAUGCUACUUUUAAUCUCCGUCCUGUACUUCCACAAAAUACAUUUUCAAAUUCCUGUAAAAAAGAGAACAAUGAAAAAAUGUAAAAAAAAUAAAACUGAGUCAAAAUUUG